AUGGCCGUCGAGCUGCUGCGAAACAAACUACGCGAGUCCCGCCGUCUUGAUUCGACAGACCUGCGUAUCGCAAGGCCCGGCCAGACCGUUCGGGCAGGCGAGCUGACUGCCGAGUGGUUUCCUGUGUGCCACAGCAUCCCGGACGCGCACGGCAUCGCGGUCCACACGCCGUUGGGCGCCGUGAUUCACACCGGUGACUUCAAGAUCGACCACGAUCCGGUAGUAGGCGAUCCGACCGACUUUACCGACCUGGCGCGAAUUUCCAGGGAUGGCGUUUUCCUGCUUCUUUCCGACUCGACCUACGCCGAGGAUGAAGGCUACUCGGGGUCGGACCGCAUCGCGGCCGAAGGGCUGUUCAAAGUAAUCGGAGAGGCUGAGGGUCGAGUGUUCGUCGCCAGUUUCGCUUCGCAAAUCGCACGUGUGCAGAUAGCUGCGGACGCGGCUCGGGCCACCGGCCGGAAACUGGCGGUGCUCGGCAGAAGCAUGAUCAACAACAUUCGUAUAGCUCGGGACCUCGGCCACCUCGACAUUCCCCCAGGACUGAUGGUGAAACCCGCCGAGGCGGCAAGUCUGCCCGACCACAGGGUCCUGUACAUGACGACAGGCAGCCAGGGCGAAGCCUCUUCGGUCCUGGUCAGGAUGUCACGCGGGGAACACAGGGAUGUGGAUGCCAGGGAGGGGGACACGAUCGUCAUCUCGGCGAACGCGAUACCUGGCAACGAAGUGUCUGUAAACGAGUCGAUAGACGACCUGGUCAGAUUGGGCGCACGGGUCAUUACGAAUCGGCAGCAAGUGACUCACGUGCAGGGGCAUGCACGCCGCGAGGAGCUUCGGACGAUUAUCAACCUCACUCAACCCCGCUAUUUCGUCCCUGUCCAUGGCGAGUACCGGAUGCUAAAAGCCCAUGCAGAACUGGCAAUGAAUCAUGGCGUGGCCGAAGAGAAUGUCUUUGUCCUCACCGACGGCGACCAUCUCGAGCUUUCCGCAACGGGGGGUGAGAUCAUCGACCGGCUCCCGGCGGGGCACGUGUUCGUCCACGGCCUCGGUAUGUGGGACGAAUCCGGAAACGUCGUGGUAGAAAGGCGCUCCCUCGCCCGAGACGGAAUCGUGGUCGUUUCUCUGGCCCGAGGGCGCGACGGUCGAAUAAAAGGCGAACCGAAAUUCGUCUCAGCCGGGUUCGUUCACUCCGAUCAGUCCGAUGUCCUUUUCAAAGACACCAAAGACGCGCUUUCUCCCAUCCUUGACCGGGCGAGAAGCGAAUCAAUAAAGUGGACGCAGAUUGAACAGCAACUCAGGGCGGCGGCCGGCCGGUUCCUGGGAAAACGAACCCGUCGCCGCCCACUUAUUAUUCUGGUCCCCGUAGACGUCUAG